AUGCUUGCAGCCGCUUUGCAGCCUGGCUUUCCGCAGUUGCCAAUGCCCUUUGCUAGGCAGUCGGCGCCCGCAGUGCGUCAUGAGCUUGGGCCUUUGCGUGUUACCGGAGCCCUGUACAAGAACGGCCUGCUCAAGGGCGGCAAGGUGCUGAUCAUCACCAGCCAAGCCGGUUCGGUGGAAUGGCGCUUUACACAGAACAAGAAAGAAGGAGGAGACUACGGCCACCACAUGAGCCGGGCUGCUUGCAAUAUCGGUGCGGUGCUGAUGUCUGAGGAGAUGAAGGAGGCAGGCAUCCCGGUGACGCUGGUGCAUCCAGGCUUUAACCGCACCGAGAUGACCUCCAAGUUUGGAGAGGAGGUUUGGGAGAAGGAGGGAGCGGUGGAUCCUGCCAUCGGUGCCAAGCGCGUGCUACAUGAGGCUGGAUGGGGCGAGAGGCAGUUGCGCGAGUUGACCUUCCAAGUGUGGAUGGCACAAGAGGAUGCUGAGAACGCUCGAGCUUUGCGGAGGCCAAAGAAGCUUUCCCGCUCUUUACCAGGCGCCAAACUCGACGUCGCCAAGCAAAGCAGCAUAUUCGAUGCCGACCCUGGUGUGGCCGAAGCCGUGAAGAGCAUAGCUAAGGAGGUCCGGGGCAGGUUCAUCUCCAUCCAAUCGAGAGUCCGGAGUAUGAUGCACAUGUGCAGCACCGGCUGCGGCCAGGCUAGGGCCUUCUUGGCGACCGCCGGCCGCGCGCGCACGCAGAUUUCUCGUCCAGCCCUACAAGAAGAGGCCGAAGAGGAACCCUGGGACCCGGACUCGAUUGAAGUGCUGCCCACCGAGAUGAAGCAGCUGAGAGUUGGUCAGGAGCUUCAGGGAGUUGUUACGCGAGUCACAGACAGGAUUGCCCUGGUAUCUGUGGGCGUCGAAAAGGACGGCCUGCUGCCUGCCUCCAAGUUGGCUGAGGGCCGAGUGGACAACGUCCAGGACCAGCUGAAGCAAGGUGACAUGAUCCAGGUGUGGGUUGCCGAGGUUGAGCUUGGGGAGGACAUUAGAAACAGCAAGCUGGUUCUGGCUGGACACAAGAAUAAGAUAGUCUCCCUCUACCAGUUCGGGAACCAAUCUUCGAUAGAUGACCUUGAGGCUGUGUACAACAAGCAGGAGGCAGAGGCGGCGGAAGUCUGGUACGAUGCCAUGGUGACAGGAGUUAAGGAAUUUGGCGUCAUCGUAGCCUUCAGGGUCCCCGGUGUGCCCGGCAUCGCUAGUGGCCUCGUGUACAAACCCGGGGCAGAAGAGUCUGGCAUCAACGUGCUCGACAAGGUGAAGGUGCGAAUAUCUGGCGUCGACAGAUCUAAGGGACGCGGGAGGCUUCAGCUGAGGAUGGAUGGAGCAGGCCGUGCGGAUCGAGCUGCGGUGCUCAGCGAGUUCAAGGAGAUUAUUGGGCAGACCCUUGAGGGCGAGGUGGUCGACUUCGCGGACUUCGGCGCCUUUGUGCAGGCAGGUCUGCGGUAG